AUGAGCAGAGGUGAUAAAAAUGAAAAACCACGUUUAAUUUUAUUACAAUCGUAUAACAACACACCGCUCCAGCACUGGAAUAAAAGGAUAAGAUCUGGAAGAGUGUCACAAAUAAUCGAUCAAGAUUUACAAAGUCCCGUAUUGGAAAUCACGAGUUGGAAAUCAUCUCAAACGUACAUAACGAGUCCGGCGGAUCCUAAGAAAACUCUCGGAAUAAAAGCUCCAUAUUUACAUUUGAGAGUUAAAAACCUGUUGAAAAAUUUCCUUUUUAACGUUUUGGUUUUGGACGAUCGUAACGUUAAAAGGAGGUUCAAAGCUUCGACGAAAGUCAAAACGGCUUUAUCGAAACCGUACCUGUGUAAGGUACCAUUGACUUUGGAUUCAGGUUGGAACGAAAUAACGAUUCCACUCAUGGAAUUCACUAAAAAAGCUUAUGGUACUAAGUUUGUCGAAGCUUUGAUCGUACAAAUUCAUGCCAAUUGCAGAAUAGAAAAAAUUUUUUUCACAUACACCGACACCAUUUUGUAUUUUAUUAUUACAAGAGUUUUUAAGAAAGAGGGAAAAACUAAUAAUAAUAAUAAUAAUAAUAAUAAUAGUAGUCACAAAUAG